AUGAUUGAGGGCUGUAUUGUUUCAGAUGUGCAGCAGACAAUAGUAAUAACAGGAUACACAGGUGGUUCAGUUGUGCUGCCCUGCUUCUGUGCUGACCCUCAGUCUACAGUCACAGCAUUCACCUGGGAGUUUGAGCAGGGAAUUCAAUGGAUCCAAGUAUUUCAAGAUGAGAAAUACAGCGGCAGACGUGUGCUGUUUAAUGAACAUUCUCCAACAAAUCUGUAUCUUCUCAUUUCUGACCUCAGAAUGAAUGACCAGGGCUACUAUAGCUGUAUAACCGAAUCAAAUAGCCAGAAAAUAAUUUGUAUAAUGUUUUCAGGGUGUGAUUUGGUUGAGAACAGAAAGACAUUUGCAGUGACUGGAUAUUCAGGAGAGGCUGUGGUUCUGCCCUGUUCCUGCACUGAACUACUGGCUAAACCUGAACAGAUACAAUGGAUUUAUUUGAUAAAGAAUAAUUUUAGAGACAUUUACCCAAAAGAACAGAUUGAGAAUAACAAGAACAUAGUCAAACUGUUAAAUCCAAACACUCCAGGAAAUCUUUCUCUACACAUAUCAGCACUGGCCACAGAGGACCGUGGGCACUAUCAGUGUGUCUCGUCUCAGCAGACUUACUGUACUUCAUGUUGA